UUUCGAUCGGUAAUUUGUGGACGAAGAGGAGGCGUGAAAGAACAAAAACACAGGAAGACAAUGAAUGGAUUAAAAUUUCAUUUCGUGGAUAAACGGUAGCGGUAGUUUUCCAAAUCAAUUUUGGGGAUUUCUUGUUAUAUCGAGUUUCACGAUAAAUUGUGGCUAUCAAUCUUCUGGAAAGCUUGGAAUCAAGUUAAUUUCCUGUACUAGAGCCUUGAGGGGUCCACUUGCUACUAGAUGGUUUGCACAUUUUAGUUGGACUGAUACCACUAAGCAUGUGUUGAAAGUUUUUAGGGAUGCACUUGAUUCCAUGACAGAGGAUCAGUUUAUUUGGGAACCAUAUUCGGAUGACUUAAUUGAGAGUCUUCCUGAUUAUUGUCGAAUUGAACGAGACAUAUGGCGUGUAAGAGCUCCAAUUUUUUGUUGGGAUAUCGUUGAGGUUCACUUGCCUGAUCGAGUUAUGAGACAAUUUGGAUUAAAACAAACGAUACCAACUCCAUUUCUAUUUGACGCCACACAUUUUCACCAUGAUCGUAGGGGCAGACGAAAUACAAAUUGGAACUUGGAGCAUGCACAAUGGUUGCCUCUUUGGAACCAACGACUUCAAUAUGUUUGUGAUGCUCCGGUCAAUCGUGAACCACUUCGAUAUGACGACCCUUACCUUAUUUGGUUUAGACGCAUUACUCGUCUUGUUAUUGGUUAUCCUACUCAGCGUCCUCAACAACAAGAAGGUUAUGAGCCCAAUUCAACGGCAUAUGAAACAAUGGUGCGUCAUAUUCAUUCCAUGGUUGAUAGAGCAAAAGCCCUUGGUGAUCAACCAUCAAUGGAGGAUUUAUACAUAUUUCGUGCAAUGGUCCGAAAUGAAGGAGAAAAGUGCUUGACAUAUGUGCACGAGGCUGCUAAGAUUAACGUACAAUCCGAUUAUAGAAGAGAUGAGGUACAUGAUGAUCAUUUACAUUAUCCGGUUCGUAGGCGAGGAAAAGGUGGUGUUGCUGGUAGGAGGGCUCGUGCUGUUGAGAAAGGACGAGCGCCUAUUGAAAUGGAUGAAUCAGUCUCCGAAGAUGAUCACACAACUUGUGAUUUUGGUUCCAUUUCAAGGGGCCAAACUCAAGAAUUCACUCCCGGGGCAUCAGGUAUGACAUAUCAACCAACAAAUACUGAUAUUGUUCCAUACACGGCAUCACAAAUAUUAAGGAAUUCUAGUCUUUCAUCACUUGAGAAUGUAUUUGGUGGUUCUCGACCUCAACAUUUUGAGAAUGCCCCCAACUUUAAUUCAUCACCUGGGCUGCCAAUGUCCAUUGAGACCCCUAGUGUUGUUAAUCAUUUAGAGGACUCCAACAAUGAAGUGGAGAAUGCAAAUGAAUGUGGUGAACCAUCAGCGAAGGAGAAGCGUAGGAUUUUUCCUAAGCGUUGUGGGACUGGUACUAUUAACAUCUUUAUUUUAUUUUUUUGA